ACGGUUGUUCUCCAGUCACCAAUGUCGUAAUGAAGAAGACUUGAGCAAUAACAGGAAACGCCGAAGUUUUUUGGGGGGAUUCAUAUAGCUAGUUAUAACGUCAGUCUUUACUGUAGUUGGAAUGCCAGUGAAGUAUUUGUGACAGUAAGAGGGAUGGGGCUUUUAUCAGAAAUAAGCUAUUUAUUUUUCCUCUUCAUCAUUUUGACAGAGGGACAUUAUAAAUGGGUUCAAGCCCAGCACUGUGUGUGGUACGGUGAGUGUGGUGACUCCGACAAGGUCCCGGGGAAGAAGUACAACUGCAACUAUACAGGACCACCUAUCCCACUUCCAGCAGAGGGCCAUGAGCUGCUCACGGAGCUGUGUCCAGGCUAUGACUAUGGGAACCAGAGUCUGUGCUGUGAUGUCGAGCAGCUCCAGACUCUGAAAGGGAGCCUUCAGUUGCCCCUACAGUUCCUCUCUCGAUGCCCAGCCUGUUUCUUCAACCUGAUGAACCUGUUCUGUGAGCUAACCUGCAGCCCCCUCCAGAGUCUCUUUAUGAAUGGAACCCAGUUCACUAAUGACACAGCUGCCAACAAGACCAAUGUGGUGGAAGUCCAGUACUACAUUGGACAGACAUUUGCCAAUGCCAUGUAUAAUGCUUGUCAGGAUGUGCAGGCUCCCUCCAGUAAUGUGAAGGCCUUGUCACUGCUCUGUGGGAAAGAUGCCAGUGACUGCAACGCCACCAACUGGAUCGAGUACAUGUUCGACAUCAACAACGGACAGAGUCCCUUCACCAUCAUCCCUAUAUUCUCAGACGUGUCAGUAUCCGGUAUGACCCCCAUGAACAACAAGACAUACGACUGUACGGAGGGUCUGGAGGAUGGCUCUGGUCCCUGCUCCUGCCAGGACUGUAGCCAGGCCUGUGGCCCCCAGCCUGUCCCCCCUCCCCUGCCCCCACCAUGGACCAUCUUGGGCAUUGGCGCUAUGGUCCUCAUCAUGUGGAUCUCCUACAUGGCCUUCCUCCUUGUCUUCAUGGGAACCGUGAUCGGCACCUGGUGCUACAGAAAAAGGAGAAUUGAGUCUGAGUAUGGCCCAAUAUUGGACAGCAAAAACCCUCACUCUCUGAAAAAAGACAGCAUUGAUCAAGUGGAUGCGUCAUGUGGCGAGACGUUGGGCGAGCGCUUCGAGAAUGCCCUGCGUUACCUCUUUACCCGCUGGGGCUCGUUUUGCGUACGGCAGCCCCUCAUGGUCAUCCUGGGCAGCCUGAUUAUAGUGGCCGUCUGCUCAGGGGGCCUGGUCUUCAUGAAGAUCACCACGGACCCUGUGGAGCUGUGGUCCUCGCCCAGCAGCCAGGCCAGGCAGGAGAAGGACUACUUUGACAGCCACUUUGGACCCUUCUUCAGGGCAGAGCAGCUCAUCAUCACCACCACAUUGCAGUCAGAAUCUAUCUACUCCCCGUACCCCGCGGGGGCUGCCGUGCCCUUCGGAGCCCCCCUGGACAAGGACGUCCUCCACCAGGUGUUGGAUCUCCAGACGGACAUAGAGAACAUAGUGGCCUCAUACGGGGACCAGAACGUGACCCUAAAGGAUAUCUGCUUGGCCCCACUGGCCCCAUACAACGACAACUGUACCAUCCUCAGUGUUCUCAACUACUUCCAGAACAGCCACAAACAGCUGGACCAUAGCAUAGGAGAUGACUUCUACGUCUACGCAGACUACCACACACACUUCCUCUACUGUGUCAGUGCCCCAGCGUCCCUCAACGACACCAGUCUGCUCCACGAUCCCUGCCUGGGCACCUACGGAGGCCCCAUCUUCCCCUGGCUGGUCCUGGGAGGCUAUGAUGCAACCAACUACAACAACGCCACAGCUCUAGUGAUCACGUUUCCUGUCAACAACUACCAUAAUGACACUGUCAAGCUGGGGAAAGCUCUGGCCUGGGAGAAAGAAUUCAUCAGCUUCCUGAAGAACUAUUCAAACCCCAACCUGACCAUCUCCUUCAACUCUGAGAGGAGCAUCGAGGACGAGAUCAACCGUGAGAGCGAAAGUGACCUCAGCACCGUCGUGGUCAGCUAUGCGAUAAUGUUCGUCUACAUCUCCCUGGCGUUAGGACAUAUCCACAGCUUCAGGAGAGUAUUGGUGGACUCUAAGAUCUCCCUGGGCAUAGCAGGCAUUGUGAUCGUGCUGAGCUCAGUGGCCUGUUCUCUGGGCAUCUUCAGCUACGCUGGCGUCCCUCUCACACUCAUCGUCAUCGAGGUCAUCCCCUUCCUGGUGUUGGCCGUGGGCGUCGACAACAUCUUCAUCAUUGUACAGACAUACCAGAGGGAUGAGCGGAUGACUCAUGAAGAGCUGCACCAGCAGAUAGGCCGUAUCCUAGGAGACGUGGCUCCAAGCAUGUUCCUCUCCUCCUUCUCUGAGACCGUGGCUUUCUUCCUGGGGGCCCUGUCCACUAUGCCAGCGGUGCGGACCUUCUCCCUGUUUGCUGGGUUAGCUGUGUUCAUUGACUUUCUGCUACAGAUCAGCUGCUUCGUCAGCCUGCUGGGCCUGGACGCCAAGAGGCAGGAGGAGAAUCGUCUGGACAUUAUGUGCUGUGUGAAGCUGCCAGAGGGCAAUGAGGGGAAGACUGAUGGCUUCCUCUUCCGCUUCUUCAAGAAUAUCUACGCCCCCUUCAUCCUCAAGGAGUGGGUCAGACCCAUAGUGGUGGCUGUGUUUGUGGGGCUGCUGUCCUUCAGUAUUGCUGUCACCAAUAAGGUAGAGAUUGGACUAGACCAGAAGCUCUCCAUGCCUGAUGACUCGUACGUGCUGGACUACUUUAAGAACCUGAGUACGUACCUCCACACGGGUCCUCCGGUCUACUUCGUGGUGGAGGACGGCCAUGACUACCUGAGUCUGGAGGGCCAGAACUCUGUGUGUGGAGGGGUGGGCUGCAACAAUAACUCUCUGAUCCAACAGGUCUACACAGCAUCUCUCAUUAGCAACUACACCACUAUAGGAUUCAACCCGUCGUCGUGGCUGGAUGAUUACUUUGACUGGGUCAAGCCUCAGUCCACCUGUUGUAGAUAUUACAACUCCUCUGGGGCCUUCUGCAAUGCCUCAGUGGUGGACACGUUGUGCGUGCAUUGCCGCUCCAUGACCCCCAGUGAGAAGCUGAGGCCUACGGAACAGGACUUCAUGAAGUUCCUACCCAUGUUCCUGUCAGACAACCCCAAUGUCAAGUGUGGGAAAGGUGGUCACGCGGCCUACAGUUCAGCGGUGGUUCUAAAGGGGAACGACACGUCUGUGGGGGCCACCUACUUCAUGACCUACCACACCAUCCUCAAGGACUCACCUGACUUUAUAGAUGCCAUGAAGAUGGCCCGCGUGCUGGCUGACAACAUCACAACUGCCAUGGGACACAAAGUCUUCCCUUACAGUGUGUUCUACGUGUUCUAUGAGCAGUACCUGACCAUAGCCUACGACACGGUCUUCCAGCUGGGCGUGUCGCUGGCGGCCAUCUUUGUGGUUACCACAGUGCUGCUGGGCUUUGAGCUGUGGUCAGGAGUGCUGGUCAGCAUCACCAUCGCCAUGAUCCUGGUCAAUAUGUUUGGGGUCAUGUGGCUCUGGGACAUCAGCCUCAACGCUGUGUCCCUCGUCAACCUUGUCAUGAGCUGUGGUAUCUCUGUGGAGUUCUGCAGUCACAUAGUGAGGGCCUUCUCCAUCAGUGUGAAGGGUACCAGGGUGGAGAGGGCUGAGGAGGCUCUGGCCCACAUGGGCAGCUCAGUGUUCAGUGGCAUCACUCUGACUAAGUUUGGAGGCAUCCUGAUCCUGGCUCUGUCCAAGUCCCAGAUCUUCCAGAUCUUCUACUUCCGCAUGUACCUGGCGAUGGUGCUGCUGGGGGCCACGCACGGACUCAUCUUCCUCCCUGUGCUGCUCAGCUACGCAGGUCCUUCGGUGAACAAGGCCAAGGUGUUUGCAGCCAACAAACGCUACGCCGGCACAGAAAGGGAACACCUCCUCAACUUCUAGAGACAGGACAAUGGUAUGAACCAACUAACCAGUCUGUCUGGUCUGGGAGAGACUGUGUGGGGUGACUCAGUGCGACAGGAGCAGCUGUUUCUAUGAUUAUUGACACACUCAUCAACCAUUCACUACGCAGCGUAACGCAGGGAUGCAACUCAGGAAUAACAGUGUGAGGCGUCUGUCAGAGGCCAAAUCAAGUGCUUCUUUUCACUUAUUUAAUUCUCAAGGGCAAUUCUGGGUGAUAUGCAAUAGUGCACACGGUGGCAAAUGUUUUGCAACUGAAGUCCAGGGCCUGUAUUCACAAAGCAUCUCAGAGUAGCAGUACUGAUUUAGGAUCAGUUUUGUCUUUUAGUUCACCAUGAAUAGGAUUACGUUGACAGGUGGGAGCUGGUCCUAGAUCAAAAUCAUCAAAUGUUAUUAGUCACAUGCUCCGAAUACAACAGGUAGACCUUACCGUGAAACGCUUACUUACAAGCCCUUCACCAACAAUGCAGUGUUAAAAAAAAUAUUUACUAAAUAAACUAAAGUAAAAACACACUAAAAUAACAAUACUGAGGGGGUACCGCUACCGAUUCAAUGUACAGGUUAAUCGAGGUAAUUUGUACAUGUAGGUAGGGGUAAAGUGACUAUGCAUAGAUAAUAAACAGAGAGUAGCAGCAGCGUAAAAACAAAAUAAUCACUUCCUACUCUGAAGACGCUUUGUCAAUAUGGGUCCAGGUAGUCCCUCCCUGUUUUUGUCCCUUUUUUCCGUUUGGUGCCAAAUGAACACAACUCGUUUCAGUAACCUAGAAUAUCCCCCUAAAUCAACAUAAACAGCAAUACAAUGAUGUAUACUGUUUUCUCUCUCAACACAGGAAGUCAGCAGUGUGACAUUAGGAGAAACUUCAACUCCCACAACCUUCUAGUUUAGAUAAUAAAACCAAUUCUACCCGUUAGUUUCUUUUGGGGUUCAAUAGUUGUGAAACCAGCCAGUGUUUUUUCUAUUGGGAUUAGCUAAGUACAAUGUGUAAAGAGUGAUAAUAUAUGCAAAGGUUGACUUCUCUGAGAAUAGCUAUUUGAUAUGACGAAUCAUUGAUGUAUACUGUACCGAUUUACACUGUAAUGUAACUAAUAAUGAAAAAAUGUACCUUUUGGGAUGUGUUGGUAAUCCUCACACAGAAACACAAUAACUAUAAUUCUGUAAUUAUAUUUCUAUUGUUCCACAGUUACUGAACACUUUACCAGUUGGACUGAGGUCAUUUUAUUCAUGUUAUAACAAUAUUGUGUGAUAUUAUGUAUUCCUAUAGCCUGGGGUCCGUAUUCACAAAGCGACUCAGAGUAAGAGUGCUGAUCUCGGAUCAGGUUCCCCUUGUCUAUUUAAUUAUGAUCGAAAAAGCAGAACUGAUCCUAGAUCAGUGAAUACGGGCCCAGAGCUCAGUCUAAGUACGGAGGUUUUCUAGGCCAAGGAGUACAGUAGUAAUUCUUUCUUUUUUUUUGCCAUUGUAGUGAGCUUGGGCUGACUCCCUGUUUUGAAGUGAUGUUUUUGCUUACAGUUUAGGGUAGUGUCCAGUUGUCUGUAGUAUUUCAGAAUGUAAGGUUGAGCCUAGAUAUUAACAUAAUGGUUAUUAUGGGGCAACUCGUGGCUCUAGCUGUUUGUAACAGACAGACAUGCUUUUUGACAAUGCUGCGCAUUGGUGCUGGAAAGAAAAUGCACAAUGUUGUAAUAUUGUAACCAGUCUUGAAUGAAAAUCUAAAUUUUUAACCAUUUUAAUGUGUGGGCUGCAUUGCAACUCGGUGUUGACAGAUGAAAUGUAAUGUGCAGUAGAACCUCCUAGUGGUGUUGCGGAAAAGAUGCACCACUAUAGAUUUCUCUGAUUUUGUGGGGGGAAAUAAAUCACUUACUAAUA